GGCAGGCUCGGCUCGCCCUCCCGGAACUCUGCAGCCCCAGCGGCUCUGAUUAUUUUAACACCGGGGUUCGGUCCAACAUGGCGGCAUACGGAUGGAAAUACUGAUGACAGUCCGAAAGAUCGCCUCGAUUUGUACGAUGACACCAGAGAGCAGUUUAGUGCGUCUUGUUUCCAACCCGGCGCUGUUUGGAGGCGGCGCCCGUUAGAUGAAUAAGCUCGGGCCCAGUCGGCCCGUCAGCCUCUUGCUGACUUUACACGGACUGCAGUGUGACGAAGAGCUCAGCGCUGGCGCCAAUGCCUCUGCCUUGGAAAAGGAGAUUGGACCAGAGCAGUUUCCUGUUAAUGAACACUACUUUGGAUUGGUCAAUUUCGGCAACACCUGCUACUGUAACUCUGUGCUGCAGGCCCUGUAUUUCUGCCGACCGUUCAGGGAGAAGGUGCUGGCAUACAAGGUGCAGCCUCGGCGGAAGGAGUCCCUCCUCACCUGCCUUGCAGACCUGUUCAACAGCAUUGCCACCCAGAAGAAGAAAGUCGGAGUCAUCCCUCCCAAGAAAUUCAUAUCUCGGCUAAGGAAGGAAAAUGAGUUGUUCGACAACUACAUGCAGCAGGACGCCCACGAAUUCCUCAACUACCUCCUCAACACUAUCGCAGACCUCCUCCAGGAGGAGAAGAGCCAGGAGCGGCAGCAGAACGGAAAACUGCUGCAGAACGGAAGUGGAGGAGGCAGUGAUGGAGGAGGAGGAGGAGAAGGCGAAGGUGGAAAGGAGACACAGCAGACAUGGGUCCACGAGAUCUUCCAAGGAACGCUGACCAAUGAGACACGCUGCCUCAACUGUGAAGCUGUGAGCAGUAAAGACGAGGACUUCCUGGAUCUAUCGGUGGAUGUGGAGCAGAACACUUCAAUCACACACUGUCUCAGAGGCUUCAGCAACACAGAGACAUUAUGCAGCGAGUAUAAAUAUUACUGUGAGCAAUGUCGCAGCAAACAGGAGGGCCAGAAAAGGAUGAGGGUUAAAAAGCUGCCCAUGAUCCUUGCCCUCCACCUGAAGCGCUUUAAGUACAUGGACCAGCUCCACCGCUACACCAAGCUGUCCUAUCGGGUCGUCUUCCCUCUGGAGCUCCGCCUUUUUAAUACGUCAGGGGACGCCACCAACCCCGACCGCAUGUACGACCUGGUCGCUGUUGUCGUGCACUGUGGCAGCGGUCCCAAUCGUGGACACUACAUCACUAUUGUCAAGAGCCACGGCUUCUGGCUGCUGUUUGAUGACGACAUUGUAGAGAAAAUUGAUGCACAGGCGAUCGAGGAGUUCUACGGCCUGACGUCUGACAUUUCCAAGAACUCCGAGUCGGGAUACAUCCUGUUCUACCAGUCCAGAGACUGAAGCAGGCAGCGGUGAAUCCCCAGCAGACUGUCCAGUUGGCAGACAGCCGCCAGCUGCCUCCAGUACGCUCACACAAGUAAUCCGGGCUUUAUUCCCUGCAGGCGGAGCUUUGACCCUGGAGCACCACUGGGGACGGGUUGAGGCGCGUGCCGGUUGCAUGCCAGCCUCCAGGAUUCCAAAUCCUUUGAGACCACACUGCAACAAGCACCUUAAUAUACAAAAAAAAGCCCACUCUCCGACACUCGCUUUGCACUGUGGCACCAGGAUGGGAACCGUCCUGCUUUCCAAUGAGGCUGAUGUGAUCGUGUGUGUGUUAUUAAAGGCAGAGGCUACAGAUGAAGUAGCCUCAAUUUCACAGCAUUUUCUGCCUGCAUAUUAUACCUUGCUACAUUAGUUUCCCCUACAGUGGUGGGAAAGCUUGAAUACAGCCUUUCUGUGUUCACCAGCCAAGAGGUGACGAUCCGACAGCACUGUAAGAUGUCCGGCCAGUCACCUCUGACCCUCUGACAUCUCAUGUAGGGUUGGAGGCUGAAUGUGUAAGCUGAGCACUGUGUGAAGGAGCAGUUUUGUAGUGUUUGUAAAGGGUGAUUUGGUGCCAGCAGCGUACAGCACUAAAGUCAGAGUAUCUGAAGCAAGGCAGCCACUGGAGGGGUGGGAAUACAUCUCCAUCUGAUGAACACAGCUCCAUUUUUAUUAUGAAAGAACAAAAAAAUCUACCUGUAUUUUAAAUAUUCAAACAAGUGAAGUAAACCGACCAAAUAUUCAGUUUGCAGUAUCUAUAAUUUAUCCUUGUCAGUGUUUUAUCAGUUUAAUAUUGUUUUUCUGCUUGUUCCUGGUUUUAGGAACAGAACAAUGUUUUUUUAAUGAAGCUGCAGUUUUUCUUUUUGGUUUUGAGUAUCAAGACUAGUGAUGAGUCUUACAGUAGCAACCUCUGAAAGCUAUCCUGUUGAAGUGGACUGAGGCUCAAAGGUUGGUUAUGAAGUGGAGCCAUUAGGAGCCGUGUCUGGUGCCAUAGUGGAGAAAAACGUACGAAAGGAGACUGAAGGAAGAGCAAGUUUAGAAAACACAGGCUGACUUUUUUUUCUUGAUCAAGUUCUAGAAUAUCCAGUUUCAAUCUAUUUAUAGAAAGCGACGGACAGAAAGACCGAUGCUUCUCACCACGGUCAGUUCUAGAUGUCAGCUUUAGCCAGAUUCUGUUGGAUAUCCGCUCAAGCGUUGCUUGACCAGCUGCAGCUCUGGGCAUCAGACGGAUCUCUUCCUUGACACCUCGCGGUCAGAAAUGGUAGCUCCCAGUGAGGCUGCAGCAGAGCACAUCUUCCCUUUUUUUUUUUUUUUGUCUCUACAGUUUGAUCCAGCUGACUUUCCUCAUGAUCUCCUUCUCCAAACCAUUCUAUUAUAAAUGUCCGUGUGGUUUAAACUCCUCUCCAUGAGGUGAAAGGUCUCUAGGGAACUUUCCCUCCACCCACACGUUGCUCUGUGCUGUCAGUCAGCUGUGUACAUGAGCUGGAUGAUGCCAUAACCUUUUUUCCUCUUUGUAAAAGAGAAGAUGCUGGUCAUUCCAUCAGGAAGCCAUCUGCCACAGGAUGUUUUCGGGCCCUGUGUGCAUUUUUAGGGGAGUUUCAUACCCAAUUUUAAGUAAUUUUCUAUAAUCAACUUAUAUUCUAUAAGAAAUGUGUUUAUGUAACAUAACUAUCAACUAAUUUGAGCUAGAAUUCAAAUUUAUUCUGACAUAUUUAAAUUGUUAACGUGGCAUUGGCACAGUCAGCUGGCUCUAAACGGGGAAUUACAAACAAAAUGCAUAAAAAAGGAAUGUAUUCUAAAGGUCUUAGAAAAUAACAUAAAUAAGUGACCCCUGAGCGAAAAGACAAAGCUAGCUAUUCAAACAUUUUUUUGUUCAUGAAAUACACAAUAUCAUGACUUGCUGUACCAAAAGGAGUGCCACCUUUGACUCUUUUAAUGUAACUUUAUUUGGAAACACUUGCUGGCAACAAGCCACAGGAAUUAGUGUGUCUGUUGGAAUAUUAAACACCCAUCUGUGUUACAGAUCAAACAUUAGAAAUGAGGGAAAACCCGGUUUCUUCAGGGCUAUAAAAAGGUUUGAUGGUGUCGACCUUUAGAUAUAUGUUUAGAUCUUCCAUCAGUGCGUUCCUCUGUGUAGUCCUACCCUGCAGGGAAAAGGACCUUUCCGUCAUAUCCUUGGUUUUGGGGAAGCGUUUUCUAGCCCAGAAUAGGAGACUAGGCUCAUUUGUUGGCUUCUCUUGAGGAAGCUCUGUGAUUUUUACCAACCACUUCAUAACAUGAAUGUUACACCACAUUUCCAUUCAGCUCUUCUACUGAUAAGAGUAUUUAAAGCAGUCUAGGUACUGCUCAGGCACAUAGCUUCCCCCAAUAGGUCAGUGGUAGACAUUGAACGUCGUUCAAAUUGCAAACCUCAUAUAUUUACUUGUAUUUGAUCAGUGGCAGACAAUGCACCUCUUCCAACAGAGGUUUUCAUUCAUCACUAACAUGUCUGCGUUUUUCCAGCUACCUGUUACAAUGUCAAGCACAUUAACCGGCGCGCUCGGCCCACUCCCUCUUCAUAAGGGAGGUCCAGGUGCUGGAGCGUUAAUGGAAACCUGCCAUCUUUAGAAUCUAAGAUGUUUAUAAGUCCACGUUUUACUUCUGAAUGUUCUCACUUCCUCUGACAUGGCAGGCAUAAUGAAGGUGUUUGGACGUGCCUACUUUUGCCAACCUUUAAUCACAAAAGGUUUUAAAAUCACCCCCUCAAGCACGUCUUUCAAAGGUUAGAGACCUGAAAAGACAACACUACUUCCUCUCCAUGCCUCUGCUGCUCUUAAACGUACUGAAGAAGGUUGUGGUAAAACGUUUGGGUGGGGGGUAGUUGCUUCGUUUUUCACCAGUUCCAACAAAUUUGCGGACUUCUGGCAGUACAGUUAAUCUUAAAAUGAAGACUUUAAGGAGAAACUCUGGACUGACUUUCACACAUACCCGGUGAGGUUCCUGUUCGGCUUUCUGAAAGCUGAACCAAAAAGCACAAAAGCGCGACUGGGAGAAAAGUUCACAGAUUGAGUUGAUUGUUAUGAAUUGUUUUCAAACGUAAUUUCUGACGAGGCUUUUAUUUUUUUAUUUAAACCAUAUUUGUAAUAUUAUUAUUAUGAAUGUAUGUUAACUUUAGUUUUUAAUGUUUUUUUUUUUUUUUUAUACAAUUUGCUGAUUUUCUCCAGUCUACUUUUGGGAGUUUAAUUUGAGAUGUUGAUGUGUACAUAAAUACAGAUAUUAAUAUUAUGACUGGGAUAUAAAUAGGUGCUUGCUUAAAAUAUUCGGCAGGCUGGCUGGCUUGAGAAGCGAGGGUCAGCGUUAAGUGUGGAGAAGAAGGCCCGGUGCUAAGAGAGGAACAGCUCUGGGAGCCGACGACUCGCCGCACUGAAAAACACCUAAACAACCAAAGGAUCUCCUUUUUCCGAAAUGUGUUGGAAUGUAUUUGUUGGAAGGAAAAUCUGUUCUGAACAACAUAAAAGAUUCUGGAAAAAAAAAGAAGUGUUUAUUUUUAUUUUAUUUAAAAGGUAUUGAGGUCACACUUUAAGACACAUGCUAAAUGGAAUCGCUACAUUGGAGAGUGUAUAGUUUAGUUUUGGAGCAAAAAAGACAACAUUUUUUCAAGUAUUUUGAUGUAUUUAAACCGAUCCAUUAUCCCUGCUAUGCAAUAAAUAGACCCAGCAACGUGGUCUAAGAAGUAUUCCCACAGCAUGAUGCCUGCACCAUCAUGUUUUCGCUUCACUUGACAUGUUCAUCCUAACAAAUCAACUUUCUGGGCUGUUUUUCUGAGCAAUCUCUAAGAUUACCAAUUUAUUUAGUAAUCUAAAACAAGCAUGUACAACAUUUUAAAUUGGGACCACUUGUUUGACUCAUGUUUAUUCACAGGGUGAAUGACCUCUGCUGCUGUUAUAUUGAACACAGCCUUGCAGUAAUGAUUUAUUUGUACGCAAUCAGCAGCAGCAUGUCAUGCUGUUGGGUCUCUUUGGUUUUCUUUUGCUGUACUUAACCUGAUUUCUACCAAAGCAGGGAGAUUGAUCUGUUGAAGUUGGACUGCUGUUGGUUUUAACAGAGUUGUAUCUCAGUAAAAUUAAAUGACACUUAUCAAGUGGA